AAUGAACAUUAGACAAAGGCUUGAAUGAGUGACGAAUAAGCAGACAUAGAAGUAGACUGGUCCGCUUCACCCUCAGAAUCAUCCUGCUUGCACCACAUUUAUUUACAAAAAAGUGAUUUGGAGUGUAGUCAGACCUUUCCCUUCAUUAUUUUUCCUUUACACUUGGAAAUAAAGCUAGAUAAAAUUGAUUCUUCAUUCUGCAAAAACCAGGAUGAAGUUUGAAAACCUGCUGGCCGAGGUUGGGGGAUUUGGACCCUUUCAAAUCGGGAUCAUUCUCAUGCUGGUGAUUCCACGGGUCAGCCUGCCUUUUCAUUUCCUGCUGAAUAACUUCAUCGCCGCCAUCCCAGACCACCACUGUGAUUUCAGCUCUCUGGACACUUCUGGAGUUUUUGAAACUCUUUCUCAGGAGCAGAGACUGACUGUCAGCAUUCCUCAACAUGAAGAUGGAAGCUUUUCUUCUUGUCACAUGUUCUCAGAACCUCAAUUCCACCUGCUAACCAACUCGUCAAACUCUACAGAGCUUCCUGUGGUUCAAUGCCAAAAUGGAUGGGUGUAUGACAACAGCACUUUUAAAUCAACCUUGGCUAGUGAGUGGAACCUGGUCUGUGAUAAGAAGAGCAUGAAUAAAGCCACUGCCACCAUCUUCUUCAGUGGUGUGAUGGUUGGAGCUGCAAUAUUUGGCAGUCUGAGUGACAGAUUUGGCAGGAAGCCCAUGCUGAUGGUGUCCUUUAUCUCAGCCGCGUUCUUCUCUGUUGUCAGCGCCUUCUCCACCUCCUACAUCAUGUUUGCUGUUAUGAGAUUCUUCACAGGAAUGGGAAUCACCGGCAUUAGUAUUAUCUCCAUUGUCCUCUGCGUGGAGUGGUCGGACAUCAAGCACAGGACGAUCAUAGGAGUGAUGAUCAGUCUCGAUUGGUCCACCUCCACCAUGAUACUGCCGGGUAUAGCUUACCUUGUCAAUGAAUGGAGGUUCUUGGUUGUCACAGUAACCUCCCCCCUUUUUUUGGCUAUAAUCGUUUGGCGCUGGAUUCCAGAGUCAGCAAGGUGGCUGAUAGCCAAUGGCAGAUUGGAAGAGGCUCAUUACUAUCUCUCUAAGUGCGCCUCAGCCAAUCACAGAGAGAAAAGUCUGCAAAACAUCAAGCCCCAGACCCUCGCCACUGUAAUUGUCUCAGAAGGAGACAGGAAGUACACAUAUCUGGAUUUACUGAGAACUCCUAAACUCAGGAAACUGGCUGUGGUGACCGGCAUCACUUGGUUUGGCGUAGCAUUCACCUACUACGGUAUCAGUUUAAACGUGGAUGGGUUCGGCCUAAACCUCUACCUGACCCAGUUCAUCUAUGGUACCAUAGAGCUGCCGGCAAAGCUGCUGAUCUACCUGAGUCUGCAGAAGCUGGGCCGCAGGUACAGUCAGGUGGGCACGCUGAUCUUGACGGGGGUGUGUAUCGCCAUCACCAUUAUAAUCCCGAAAGUGAACUGGCUUCCUCGUACAGCAGUAGCAGUGCUGGGGAAAGGCUUUUCCGAAGCCUCUUUUACGUCAGUGUUUCUUUACACUACUGAACUCUACCCUACAGUCAUACGGCAGAACGGGCUGGGCUUUUGCUCUUGUCUGGCCCGUGUGGGCGUGUCUGUGGCACCGCUGGUGAGCCUCCUUCAAGAGACGUGGACCCCUCUGCCGCAGGUCCUGUUCUGUUCUGUAGCCAUCCUAGCGGGCCUCCUCGCGCUGCUCCUCCCUGAGACCCACAACGUCCGCCUGCCAGAAACCAUCGAGGACGUUGAGCAGACAAGGAAAAGAUCCAUCUGCAUUCCAGAUCAUCUGAGAGAACUGCAAGAGGACGCUGCUCCCUUAGGAUCAGACGCAAUGACAAUAAAAUAAUGAGAAAAUCUCUGAACUGAAUGUAAUAUGUUAUUGAAAUUUCAACAUUUUGUAAUCAUGUAACAGGACACUUAAUACUAGCAGUAGUGAUUUAAAUCUCCGCUCACUGAACGUACUAUUCUGAAGCGUUCUCUAAAUGUGUAAUUUCUUCUAAAUAAACACUAAUCUGUUUA